CAAAGAUACCUGGCGUUUUGCCCAAGUUUUGCCCAUACGCGUCUGCUAGUUCAAAAUCAAUCUGCUGACAUGAACUCAACGACGACCGUCCAUUGUCAAAGCAAGAUCUGCGUCAACGACCGACCACCAUCGCAACUGGAAUGUCCUACUUGCAAGAAAUUAGGCAUCCGAGGCUCUUUUUUCUGUGGCCAAGAGUGCUUCAAGGCAGACUGGAAAAGUCACAAAAUCAUUCAUGAUCUGGCUCGCGGGACUGCUGGAGAUGGAACCUUCAACCCGUGGGCUAACUUCCGUUACACUGGUUCUAUGCGUCCGGUAUACCCACUUUCGCCCAAGCGGGAAAUCCCUUCACAUAUUAACCGACCAGAUUAUGCCAACGAUGCCUCGGGAAUACCUCAUGGCGAACUCAGACGGGCUGGUCAACCGCCGAGGAUACUAAGCCCGGAGGAGAUAACGAAGAUGCGGACGGUCUGUCGGUAUGGUCGAGAAGUUUUGGAUCUUGCAGCCGCAGCUAUCCGACCAGGCAUUACUACUGAUGCAAUUGACGAGAUUGUCCACAAAGCAAUCAUCGAGAGAAACGCCUAUCCCUCUCCACUCAAUUAUCGUAACUUCCCAAAAUCCGUUUGCACGUCUAUUAACGAGGUCAUCUGUCAUGGUAUCCCGGAUCAGCGAAAGCUGCGCGAGGGAGACAUCGUCAACCUUGAUAUCUCUGUAUACUACGAUGGGUUCCACAGCGACCUGAAUGCAACCUAUCCGGUUGGAGAAAUUGACGAGGCUUCGAAAAAGCUUAUUCGUACUACGCGUGAAUGUCUGGACGAGGCGAUCAAAAUGUGCAAACCUGGCGCAUUGUUCCGUGACCUAGGUAAAGUGAUCGAACCGAUAGCACGAGCUAAUGGAUGCUCUGUUGUUCGCCAAUACACCGGUCAUGGCACAAACGACUUGUUCCACACCGCGCCUAAUAUACCACAUUACUCAAAGAAUAAAGCAGUUGGGACAAUGAAGCCAGGAAUGACGUUUACCAUCGAGCCUAUGAUCAACCUUGGCUCGAAUGGGGAGCCUGUCCACUGGAAUGACAACUGGACAGCCACGACUGUUGAUGGCAAACGAAGCGCUCAGUUCGAGGAAACCCUCCUUAUUACUGAGACGGGCGUUGAAAUCCUGACGCAGUGAUUCCCGUGAGCGUAGCAAGCACUUGGGAAGGUACGAUACCGUGGGAUAAGUUGAUAGGCGUCCAACUACUCAUGUGGGCGGAGAUCGAUGUGGCGAAGAGGAUCGACUGCCAGCGAUUACGGAACGGCAUAUCUAUAGCAUGAUAUAUUAGCUGGCCCGAAAUACGUAUUGCUUCCUUGAACGGUG